ACACUGAGUCACCACGCGAUUUGUAGCAAUUUCUGAAUUUACCUUAGUUUCUUUUCUGGAAAUUGUCUUAGGGUUUUCGUUAAAUAGUCAUAGAAACGUUCUAAAAUGUACGGACAGCAACCAAUUCUUGUUUUAAGCCAAAACACAAAACGUGAGUCCGGCCGGAAAGUUCAACUUGAGAAUAUAAAUGCUGGAAAGACGAUAGCGGACGUUAUUCGAACAUGCCUCGGCCCACAGGCUAUGUUGAAAAUGCUAAUGGAUCCCAUGGGCGGUAUUGUGAUGACUAACGAUGGUAAUGCUAUACUCAGAGAAAUCACUGUCCAGCAUCCAGCUGCUAAAUCCAUGAUAGAAAUCGCAAGAACGCAGGAUGAAGAGGUCGGUGAUGGUACAACAUCAGUAAUAGUCCUCGCUGGAGAGAUGCUUGCUGUUGCUGAACAGUUUUUGGCACAGAACAUUCACCCCACAGUUAUUAUAAGGGAAUACCGUCAAGCCCUCGAAGAUGCAGUCCAACUCUUGCAAGACAAGAUCUCUGUACCCAUUGAUCUGAAUGAUCGUGAGAAACUCAGGGAAGUGAUCCAUUCAUGUAUUGGUACAAAGUACGUCGGCCGUUGGGGAGAUCUAGCUGUGGACAUUGCUCUGGAUGCGGUGAACACGGUUACAAUUAAUGAAAACGGAAGGGUCGAAGUUGAUAUUAAGAACUACGCAAAGGUAGAGAAGAUACCCGGCGGAUCGGUGGAAGAAUCUAAAGUGCUGAACGGUGUGAUGUUCAAUAAAGAUGUCACACAUCCAAAAAUGAGGAGAUAUAUUGAAAAUCCUAGAAUUAUUCUCCUUGACUGCCCCUUGGAGUACAAGAAGGGUGAAAGCCAGACCAACAUUGAGAUUGUUGGUGAACAGGACUUCACUAAACUUCUUCAACUAGAAGAAGAGCAUGUUCAACGUCUUUGUGAAGAUAUCAUAGCUUUGAAGCCGGAUGUAGUCGUCACAGAAAAAGGAGUAUCAGACUUGGCACAGCAUUACCUCGUCAAGGCCGGAAUUACAGCCAUUCGCAGACUUCGUAAAACUGACAAUAAUCGUUUAGCUCGUGCAUGUGGAGCGACCAUUGUGAAUCGGACCGAGGAGUUGAAGGAAUCGGAUGUGGGGACCCAGGCCGGACGGUUUGAGAUCAAGAAGAUAGGAGAUGAUUACUUCACAUUUGUCACUGAAUGUAAGAAUCCCAAGGCCUGCACUAUUCUCCUCCGCGGUGCCUCCAAGGAUAUUUUGAAUGAAAUUGAAAGAAAUCUCCAGGAUGCCCUUCAUGUUGCAAAGAAUUUGGUGCUGAAUCCUCGUCUCGUGUGUGGCGGCGGAGCUGUUGAGAUGUCCGUUUCCGGGGAACUGGCGUCCAAAGCGCAUCACGCGGCCCCUUACAGAGCAGUCGCACAAGCGCUCGAAAUAAUACCUCGAACAUUGGCUCAGAACUGUGGUGCGAAUACAAUCCGUACCCUCACAGCACUGAGAGCAAAGCAUGCAGCUGGUGAGAGGAACUGCGGCAUCGACGGAGAGACCGGCCUCAUAGUGGACAUGGCACAGAAAGGGAUAUGGGAACCGCUGGCUGUUAAGUUACAGGUCUAUAAAACGGCGGUGGAGACGGCGAUAUUUCUGUUAAGGAUCGACGACAUCGUCUCAGGGUCCAAGAAGAAGAACAAGGAAGGCGCGAACCCGGCUGAGAUGGCGAACAUGCAGGAAUAGAAAUAUAAUGUAUACGACCUGAUAUAUAUGAAACACACAUACAUACAUACACAUUAUAUAACUUUGUACGUCACAAUAUUAACAUAUGUUUGUAUGAAAUGUUAAUAAAAAAAUAUUUUAGAUAUCAGGUCGCAUUUAAUACUGUAUGCGCUAGACACACGCUAGGGAUUACAGAUUAUUGUAAUAAUUUGCACUAACUUCGAUAUUCAUAACAAAUAUAAUGUUUUAAUGAACACUAAGUAUUAUGUAGUUUUCUUUGGUUUUGACAUUUAGUUCGUUAACGUCAGAAGGCUUGCGUUUGUUUUACUUUCUCUGUGCUCAUGAACGCCGAGCAGCGUCCGUGCGCUUAUCGUGGAUAAGCUGUUUCUAAUAAAAAAUUAUAGUAUUAAAA